GUUCGUUCGAUUGUUUAUAAACUUUUACCGGAAAUUUUGCUGCGCAGCUUGAAAUAAUUUUGAUUUUCCAGUGAAUUAACUUACUAAUAUCAGAAAAAAUAGCGGUGAGUGACUUUCGAAAAUCACAGGAAACAUAACAUCGUUGAAACAGAAUGUCAGAUUCGGACUAUUUUGGAUUUGAGCUGGUGUUCAAGUCGGUAGAGCAAUCAAUCCAGACAAAAUCUGACGUAUUGAUCGCCGUCGUACAUUGGUACCUAAUCAAGAACUCCUUCCGCAACGUUGGUCUCGGAGAUGAUAAAACGCUUUCGGAUUCGGAGGAGAAAAGCGAGCUCUUGCCGGAAGGAUGGAACAAUAAUCCGCACUCGUAUGCCCUGCGGUACGUGAAUAACGGACAGCUGUACAUUCUGCAUGGCAUCGACAGUGAGGGAACGAUGAUCGUCAAUCUGCUACAGGUUAAGACACUGAAUGUUUCGAACACAACGUUCCAAAUUGACACUACGGUCAAAGCAUUGAAGGGCUCCAUUUCGACGCUGGUACCGGAAGUGGCCACAGUGUUGGACCGUGUUCGCCGGGAGCUGCUGGUGCCGGUGUUCGAGAGCAAUAAGAAGGACGGCGAGACUCAGACCAAGAAGGAGCCGGAAAAGACCGAGCGAGUUGAUGUGCGACCGGCGAAUCCGUUGCUUGUGGGACCUCGUUUCGGACCGGGAUCGGUUGGAUCCGAUCCGUUGGGGGUCGGUAGCGUAGGCCGAGGUGAUCUGGACCCUUUUGGCCGUGGUGGGGGUAUGAUCUUCGAGCCGCCUGGUGGCUUCAAUCCGCUGGCAAAUCUCAGGCGUCCCGGACCCAGUGGAAUCGUUCCCGGGGCACGGUUCGACCCAUUUGGACCCACGGUCGGCACCAACCCAAGAGCGUUCCGCAAUCCGGGACCCGAUCCAGACCACUUGCCGCCUCCCGGAUACGAUGACAUGUUCAUGUAGAGCCGAGGAUUUGUGAACCUUUAACUGACUCAAUUCAAAAACGAUCUUGAAAUGUAUUUUUUUUAUUUCGUAUUUCGAAGGAAUGAAUAAAGAGACUUGAAAUGUGUUA